UUUGUAUUUUCGGUUCAACAUCACUAAUAUUGACAAAUUAAACACACAUUGACCACCCUAUCGAUUUAUAAUGAAAUGUUAACACGGACAAAAAGAUUCCUUUUAACCAUACAUGUCAAGUCACAGCAGUUUUAAAGGCCGUAGUUGCGAAUUAGCAUCGAAAGCUAACUUCGAGCUAGCUGGUUGAGAGUAACAGAAACAAGGGCGACACGCUACCAGUUUGUCGACAUUCUUCAACUGGGGGAUUUUCUCAUUUUUUUUGUCGCUAUUGAACCUUUUUGAAAUAAUAUUCGGAUUGUUAUUGCUUUGAGCUUGCGACGUUUGUUGGAGAUUAAGCUGAUACAUUAACAUUAUGUUCCAUGGCAUACCGGUUACAGGGAGCAUGGGAGGAGGAGCUCCAGCCAAUAAACCCGAGCUGUACGAGGAGGUGAAAUUGUAUAAAAAUGCCAGAGAAAGAGAAAAGUACGACAACAUGGCAGAGUUGUUUGCUGUGGUCAAGACCCUGCAGGCCCUGGAGAAAGCCUACAUCAAAGACUGCGUCACGCCCAAUGAGUACACCGCCUCGUGUUCCAGACUGCUGGUCCAAUACAAGGCGGCGUUCAAACAGGUGCAGGGCUCCGAUGUGGGCUCCAUAGACGACUUCUGCCGCAAGUACAGGCUGGACUGCCCGCUGGCCAUGGAAAGGAUCAAGGAGGAUCGGCCAAUCACCAUCAAGGACGACAAGGGCAACUUGAACCGCUGCAUUGCCGACAUAGUUUCCUUGUUUAUCACAGUUAUGGACAAGCUGAGACUGGACAUCAGAGCCAUGGACGAGAUCCAACCGGACCUGCGCGAGCUGAUGGAGACUAUGAACCGGAUGAGCAACAUGCCGCCCGACUCUGAAGCAAAGGACAAAGUCAGCCUCUGGUUGAGCACCCUGAGCAGCAUGUCGGCCUCGGACGAGCUGGACGACAGCCAAGUGCGCCAGAUGCUCUUCGACCUGGAGUCGGCCUACAUCGCCUUCAACCGCUUCCUGCACUCGUCCUGAGCCAAUCGCGUUUGUCUGUUUGUGUCACAUGACCUUUACCUGUGUCCUUAUCAAUGUUCGGUACCAGCUCCCUCUUUUUUCACUUUAUUCUUUUCCCUUUUUGCCAGAGUUUUUUCCUCCAAUAUUAUUGUGUCACCAAAAUGACAGGUAAAUUACUGUAUAUAAAUAAUUUGACUUUAUAUCCUAUUAAAACCCGGAAGGAUUAGAUUGUUAGUUAAUGUACAGCAAUUUGUUGGAUUUCGCACGGCGUCUUGUCUUCUUUGAACUAAUCGUCACCUCCCCCGGACCCGGUUUGGGGACUACAGUAAAUAUUUAUUAAGAUGUAUCGUUGUUUAUAUAAAUGUUUGGAUAAUGACAUCCAAAAUCAUACACGCUUGUUCUUUUUAACAAUAAAAGUUGUAAUAUACCUCCAAA